AUGGAUCGAAAAUGGAUGUUUGUUAGUCGAUUGUCAAAAGAAUAUGAAGAUGGGGUGAAAGAGUUUCGUAGAUUUGCAGUUGAGCAUGCAAAAGAUCCUAGUAGAAUUAUUUGCCCUUGCUUGAAGUGUUGUCAUUCAAAGGUGGUUAAUGCGGAUGUGUUGGAAGAACAUUUAGUAUGUAAUGGAAUUGAUAAAAGUUAUUCAUGUUGGACAAAACAUGGUGAAACUAGAAACAUGGAUGUUGACCAUGAUUUACAAGAUAGUGUUAAUUAUGCACCAAGCGAGCCCGACACAACAUAUGAGUUUGACCAAGUUGAAGAGAUUGUAAAUGUUGUUGAAGAGGAUCUUCGUGAUUGUCCUGAGAUGUUUGACAGAUUGGCAAGUGAUGCAAAUACACCAUUAUAUGAUGGUUGUACUAAGUUCACAAGACUGUCAGCAGUGUUAAAGCUACUCAAAUUAAAAGCAGGGAAUGGAUGGUCUUAUAAGAGUUUCACAGAAUUACUCACCCUUUUAAAAGAUAUGUUGCCAAAAGAUAAUGUACUUCCUAAUCGGAUGUACGAGGCUAAAAAAAUGUUAAGCUCCAUUGGCAUGACCUAUGAGAAGAUGCAUGCUUGUCCUAAUGAUUGCAUUCUUUUUCGAAAUGAAUACGCAUCACUAGAUAAAUUUCCUAAAUAUUCUCCUCAAUGGGCAAAAUUUGACCAUGAUUACCCUAAUUUUGGUGAAGAACCAAGAAACCUACGCCUUGCAUUGUCUACUGAUGGAAUAAAUCCGCAUGGGAACGACAUAGAUAUAUACUUGGCUCCUUUGAUCGAAGACUUAAAGUAUAUGUGGAAUGAAGGUGUAGAGGUGUAUGAUGGGUAUAAGGAAGAAAAUUUUAAACUAAGGGCAAUGUUGUUUGGAACUAUUAAUGAUUUUCCAGCAUACGGUAAUUUAUCAGGAUAUAGUAUCAAAGGAAAGUGUCCAUGCCCUAUAUGUGGGAGUAAUACAAAUUGGAUGUGGCUAGAGCAUGGUAAGAAAAAUGUAUUUCUUGGCCACCGUAGAUUUUUACCUUCAAAACAUCGUUAUCGAGGGUGGAGAAAAGCGUUUAAUGGGAGAUUAGAAGAAGGUAGAGCCCCUGAAUUGUUGUAUGGUGAUAAAGUUUUUGAAAAGGUUAAGGAUAUAACCAAUAAAUUUGGUAAACCUUUUGCGGCAAAUCUAGUAACUAGUGGAUGGAAGAAAAGUGUGAUUGGUACACUACUGAAUGUGCCAGGAAAGUCUAAGGAUGGCAUCAAUUCCAGGUUAGACUUACUCAAUAUGGGAAUUAGAAUAGAAUUAGGACCAAUAAAGAAAGGUAAACUCUAA